AGUGACACAGGGCUACACAUGUACUUACAGAAGUGAAGUUACAUCCAGGUAAGUUACUGAAUAUGAGGUAACUCUUGCUGCUAAUGUGGAGUUAUUUUUAUAAGGAGGCGCAUGUUCCCUACAACGGCUGCAUGUGAAGGCUGUAAUCGCAUAAUACAUAACUGUAAUCAGCCUAAAAUUUCUUUUAAUUUAAAAUUUCUCAGCUCGACAAUACACGGAUCGGCCAGUCACAAGUCCAUCGACCUCUCCGGCAACCCUAUCCUCCGAAUCUACUACACAUCCAAGCCGGUGCUGUUUGUGAUGUGUGCUGGGAACGAGCUCUUCUUCUGUCUGCUCUACCUUCUCCAUCACAUCCAGGAACCUGCAGCAUGGCUCUACUGGCUGCAGGGACUGUGCUUUAUCAUCUGCGUGGUGAAGACUGGCAUCAGCCUCGUGCACCUAGUCACCGCCUCCCAGAACAUGGCCGCCCUCGACGUAGCCGAGCGGGAGGCAAAGAGGAAGACGCAGUGAGAGAGAGGAGUGAGUGAGAGCCUCAGCAACAAAUCCACCACGGUUUUUAUUUAUUACUAUUAUAAGGGUUUAACGGUAGACUUUGUGCACUUAAACACGGCGUGAAACACAUCACUUCAGUUUGUCUGACGACUUCAGAAAGACAGAAAAUUUAUGACCAAAUAUUGAAAAUUAGAUGUGUCUCAAAACAAGAAAACAAGAGUUCAACAGUUUCUACAGUUGAUUUUUCUCUGAUUUAUUUUACAAACAUACGCUGUGGACAGGUUUGUCACUUUGGUGAUAUGACAAUAAAUGCAGUGAGAAUUAUGUGUCAAAAUUGAUCUCCCAAUAUCAAAAGUCAUAUACUGUAAAAGAAGACUUUCAUAAGCAUCACCCCGUACUAGAUGGAUGUGUGAAUGGGCAGUCAGUAUUUUCAGUUUGUCCCUCUUAUGAAUUUUUUCACAUCUGAGUCACAGUUUCAGCUCAUAAAAUUAGUUUUAUUUAGACAAUCUGUCUUUUCUGGCUCAGGGUUUCCCAGAGUUUUUCAAAGUGACGGAAGAAAUUAUUCCAUUUUUAUCAAAUAUAAUAUUAAGCUUCAGAAGAAAAAAAGGAGCAGAGCUACAUCACACAGCAAAGGCCGCAUAUUUAAUGACUGAGGUGGCGGGUUUAACUGGCGCCUAAUAACUAUAUUGAUAAGGAGGAUCCGUCUGAUCCAGCUCAGCAGGCGAUUGAUUAAAUGAUCACAUUGUAGUGUUGUUUUGCCGUGUUAAAUUAGAGCAGCAUGUCACGAUGUCAGAAGAAAUGAAAAAUGUCUGAGACAAACCGUUCACUCAGUCACCUCCUGCGCUACAGAUCAGACACCAGGCUGAAAUCAGUCUCCGUGGAGUUGAAGUUAAAAGUUCAUAUUGAUUUUGCAACAGCCAGCCAAUCUAGUGCGAGGAAACCCUGGAGCUAUCAUGUUUGCUUUGAAUGAAAAAUCCUCGUCCCAACUUUAGAAACAUGUUAAAAAAUAUUGUUUAUCGAGCAGCAGAAGAUGAUUUGAAGAGUGUUUACAAAUCCUGGAGAAACCUUCAGAGCUGCAUGAAAUGCUGUUAAAGAGGACCUAUUCUGCUCAUUUUCAGAUUCAUCCUUGUAUUUUGAGUUUCUACUAGAACAUGUUUACAUGCUUUAAUGGUCAAUGGUUAUUUUCCUCAUACUGUCUGUGCUGGAACACCAUUUGAAAUGUUCCAUUUUAGUGCCUGUCUCCUGAGCCCUCCUCCCAAAAGAGUGUUUCCAGGUCUUCAUUAUCUGCACCAUCAUUGAGCCGGGGGUGACUGUAACAGAGUACAGCGGCACUUUCUAACAUGAACAAUCACCAAUAAAAGCUUCUAAACCAAAUCUUUGCAUCCAGACAUCUUCCAGUAGGAGUAUGAUCCGAAAUCGGUGAGAAAUAAACAACAUCAGCAAGCAGGAUUCCAUGUUUCCCUGACAUUAGCAUGUAGCUCAUGUAGCAGUGUGUUGGAAACACUUGCUGUAGCGUGCCUGGUAAUCAUGCACGGGUCAGGGUUUUUAAAACCUGCAUCAGCCCAACCCAUUACGAGAGCCAGUUCGCCCCACCUGCCUCGCAAAUCACCUGAACCCAACCCAAAAACCAGGGCUGAAAGUUCUGGAAAUAAUAUCCAACUUGCUUUUAGCUGUAUUGUGUGUCAAUAUCAGUAAAUAUCACAAUGUAAAAUGUGUGUAAAACGUUUUUUGUUUAUAAAGUACAAAAGUAGGUAGACAGCAAGUACUCACUCAUCAUUUAAGUGGUUAGGUCUCCAACGUAAUCUCGAGAGCACAGCUGAUAUCAUACGUGGUUUGUUUACAUGAGCUCCCAGCUGAUCGGUACAGUUGUUUGAUUGUUUACAUGAUGUAACAUAAGAGAGGCUUGUUUGUUGUUAGGACACAGUGUUAGUCCUGCAUAUUCUCAGAGGGAAAUAUUUAUACUGGACUGGAGAGAUUUAAUAAGGUCAAAUAACGUGUAACAGAAACCCGAGUGCAGCAGGGCCGAUGAUGAAGCUGCUUGCUGUGUGUGUUUGGGAGAGACAGAGAGAGGGGAAGAGAAGGUGAAAGGUGGACUGCUGCAGUGUUUCUGUAAGUUAUAACUUACUCAGAAUGCUGCUUUGUCACUUUAAGAUCCACUCAAGAGAAACCAACGAUAUUUUCUAACCCAAACUAUCCAACGCGCAGGUCAGCCCACAGAACCCAAGGGUUGUGGGUCAACCCGUGCAUCACUAGUGCAUAGAGCAGAUGACCACAUAAAGAAAUGCAUCAUGAGCUGGCGUCAGCUUGUCCCCAAAAAAAAGUAGAAGAAAAACUUAAGAAACAGAGUAUUCUUAAUGGUCUGAGACCAUUCUUACAAAGAUUACUUUUACAUUAAUUUACCUCAUCAUUUGAAGUUUUGGCCACGUUCAAUGUGAACGUCGGACACUGUGACAUUAUAGAUAUGACAGAAAAUAAGAGAAGGUAUAAUGGGUCCCCUUUAAACAACCUUGUGGGUUUUAUGUUUUAGAGGGACUCAUCUUUAACUCUGUGACAAGGAUGUAAUGAUGAUACAUAAGAAGCACAAACUAGAAAUGUUAGAACUGUUACACACCUUCAUGAUGCUAACUCCUUUUUUCUUUCAAUGAUGUCUUAACAUGCCUCAGCAGAUGGCUCUUUGUAGCAUUUUCAUUACCUUGAAUUCUGAUAAUCAUGAAAGUUGUUAAGCAGUCAAAGACGUGGAGUUUAAUAUUCACACUGGAUGUUUGAGAAAUGAAUCUGUAGAGGCCAGAGACAGCAACCACAGUGAAGUUCUGGUGCUCCUAUACCACGUUUAGAUCACGAGUCAUUUUAUGUGAAGCUGCUCGUGUUUUACAGCCACUCUUUUGUCCAGUUUGGUUUUACUCAUCUGCAACAUCUGGAAGUUUGAAUAUGAAAAAGACAAUCAGGCUAAAGCGACUAUAAAAUAUGUUUAUUAAGAAAUGUAUCAUUUUGAAAAAUGAUAGUCAAACGAAAUAUAUAACAUGUGAAAUCUAAAGAAGAUAAAAACAUAUUACUGAUAUAUAUAUAUAUAUAUAUAUAUUUGAAAUAUUGGAAACCAGAACAACCAGUAUGAUAACAAUCAUUGUAUCACAUUAUCUGACAUCCAUUGUAACUGCAGUACCACACACUAAGCCAGCCUCUAUGACUUUAUUAACGGUGAAUAAAUCUUUGAAGAAUGCUUUAUGGAUUGGUUAUAAAUGACUAAUCCACAACAUUUGGAUUGACAGUUUGUGAGAAAUACCAUUUGCUGGUUAUAUCUGCAUGUAGAAAUGUUUCUGCAGCUAUUUUUGAGUAUUAUUGUAAGCAGAAAUGACAAAAACUCACAGGUUCCUUCUCAUAAGUGAAUAUUUGAUGGUUCUGGUUGUCUCCUAUGAUAUCACAUUUAAUAUCUGUGGGUUUUGGAUGUUGUUCAGCCAAAAUAAGACAUUUAAAUAUGUCAGUUUCAGCUGUUGGAAACUGUGUUGGACAUUUUCUUUUACUGUUUUUUGACGUUUUAGGGACCAAAUGAUGAAUUGAGAAAAUAAUGGAAAGCUGCAGCUCUAAAGUCAUCAAUAACAGAUUAGGGUCCAGGGUGUACCUGAUGAGCUGAGGAGCAAGAAAGAAAACAUUUGUAAAAGAUUUAUUAACCAGCAGUAAGGCCAUUAGUUUGACAGAUAGACUCUUGCUGAUAAAGGGUGACUUAAAAGAAAGUGUUACUUGAGCUGUUUCUACAUUCAAACAAUGUGUUCUUAAGUUUGUGGAGGAAAUGGCAGCUGUAAGCAUAAAAACUUUGACUCACGAGAAAAACGACCUUUAUUCCCAAAUUAGUUAGCAUUUAUUGUUAUUAUUAUUAUUUUUUUUACAUAUAUAAAGAUGAAGUUGUGUCCCUGAACUCUAUGACAGACCAAAACACUGAAGUUUUAUUCACUUGAUGCAGACGACACCCUUUUGUUCAUGUUAAAGAGAAAACUUCCGAGCCGCUCGUUAUUGCUUUUCUUAUGAUUUUCUGGAGAUUCCUGCUGAUAUUUUGGUGUCGAUUAAAUGGUGAUUGUCGCAGUAGAGGGAAGUUGAUCAGUUUGUGCUUAUUUGACAAUUAUGUGAUGUUUUGAGACAUGUUUUUGUGGUAGAAGAGACGUGUUUGCUUUUGACUUAGAAACAGUUAGAAAGUGAUGCAGGUCAUAGGUUAUAUAUGACGUGAGGAGCACCAAGUAUGAUGGUUUGUACAUUUUAAAGCCACUGACUGUAUGUAUGUGCUGCUUAUAGACCUCUGUAAAGCCAUGUUUCAAUGCAGAACGUGUGGGUGUGGGUGUGGGUGUGGGUGUGGGUGUGGGUGUGGGUGUGCGUGUGGGUGUGGGUGUGCGUGUUUAAAAGUGUUAAAAUAUCAAUACUUGUUUUUUGAUGGAACUCAUUUCCCAGAAUGUAUUAUUCUAGAACAGAAAUGUAUAUCGACGAAGUAAAGCUAAGUUUAAUACUAUAUUUAAAGAUUUAAAUUACGUCAAAUGUAGUAAUUAGAAUAUUUGAUGGUUAUUUUGUUUGGUGGUUUGAAUUUACUGUAAAAUAAAGAUGAUGGAAACCAGA